GCAAGUUUAGUCAUAAUAAAAUCGCUGGCGAAUAUUUAAAAAAUUUCGUAUCUGCACAGAAGGUGUUCGAUAAAACUCCGCUUUGAGAGUCUUCCGACUUUCGAUGCUUCCGGAAUGCUAUCUCGUAUGGCUGCUUUGACUUCUAUUCCUUCAGUUCAGUUUAGAGUCUCCGACAUUCUCGGAACUCGUUUGAAACCUUGUCCUUUAUUUCCAGUUCGAAUAACAAAUAUGACCGUGAAACCGUUUGUGAUUGAAGCACGAAACAAUUCUCGAGUCGAGAGUCCCAAAACCAGGAAUCGGAGAAGCAGAAAAAAGUUUAAUGGAACACAAACGAAACCAAGACUCUCGGUGUUCUGUUCAGACAAGCAACUCUAUGCUAUGUUGGUGGACGACUUUAACAAAAAGUGUUUGUUUUACGGUAGUACAUUGCAGAAGUCUAUUCGUGGUGAUCCUCCAUGUUCCGUCAUUGAAGCAGCGAAACGGGUUGGAGAAGAGCUCAUCAAGGCUUCUAUAGACCUCAAGAUCAGCGAGAUAUCAUCCUAUGAUCGAAAUGGAAAUGCUCGAGGUGAAAGAAUGCAAGCCUUUGAAAUUGCAAUUAAGCAACAUGGGUUCUUACCAUAAUACUAAAGAUAUCACACUUAGAGUCUCACCAAGAGAAUCUUUCUUUGGGAACUUUGGAAACUUGAUCUUUGAAGCACAUGAUUUAUCCGGAACAUACGGGCACUCCACAAACACUUUAGCGUAAUUGUCAAGACAUAUGUAGAUCUGGAAAAGCUGCUUUGUCCCUUUUACAUCUUCAUUGCACUCUAUACCUGGUGCAAAUCCAAUAGCGCACUUGAUGGCGUUCUUGAUCUCAUCUAAACCGUAUAAUCCACCAUCCGGUUUAAUUCCUACACAAGAACAAAAAAUGAUCAGUACACAGAACUUUUUGUUUAAGGAUGUUGAAUCUUUGAUAUAUAUAUACCUUUAUGUUUAAGGAUGUUGAGGAGAUUGACUUUUUGUCUGAAUUUGAGAUUGGUGAGGAAGUAAGAAUGUUGGUCGAAGACAGAUUGAACACAAGUGCCGUGCUUGUUCCAUUCGUGUUCCCAUAGCUUGGUCUCGUUGCUUGGACAUGACCAAACUCCCCACUCUGUCCACUUCUUCUCCAUUUUGUUUACUAGAUCUGAUACCUGUUUGUUUUUUUCAAGAAUCAGUUCAACUUCGUCUAUGAGCUACUAGAAGAACAUACAAUCAUUUAGAGCUAAGGAUCACCUUGGAGAUAUCGAAGAGAUUGGUUUGGUCGCAAAAAGCAGGCCAAGUGCCAUUGUUGAACUGAGGCCAGAGUCCAUGGAUCAUGAAAUCCGACGCCGUAUUGCCUUUCGGUGGAGGACAACAUCCUUUUUGACUAUCACAUAUUGCUCCUGGCCACUACCAUCCAUAUAAACCGUAUAUAGAAAAUACAGUAAAAAAAAAUGUACGUUAUGAUUUGUUGUUGGAAACUUACGUAGGUGACCCAGUAGAAGAAAUUGAAGUCCGGUGGUGAUGGUGACGAAAACACGAUGAGACUUUGUAAAACUAAGAAGCUUACGACGAUGAUUCCUCUCAUGUGUUUUUUUUUCUUCGAUUAAUUUCUCAGACAAAUUAUGACAGUAGUUUGCUUGAGUAGAUAUAAAAGUCGUAAAACAAUAUUUUAGUUUGUUUUUUUACCUUUUCCUGUUUUAUUAUUUUUAAUUUUUUUUUCUCCACUAGAGAAU